AUGGACCUCGAAGAUGUUAUGGAAGGAGAAGAUGGUUUGGAUGGAGAAGAAGUUAAGGAAGGAGAAGAAGUUAGGGAAAGAGAGGAAGUUAAAGAAGGAGGAGAAGUUUGGGAUGGAGAAGAAGUUUGGAAUGGAGAAGAAUUUAAGUAUGGAGACGAAAUCAAGGAGGAAGAAGAAGUUAAGGAAGGAGAAGAAGAUGAAGAAGAAAUUUGGGAUGUAGAUGAAGUUAAGGAAGGAGAAGAAGAAGUUAAGGAUGGAGAAGAAGUUAGGGAAGGAGAAGAAGUUAAGGAUGGGGAAAUAGUUUUGGAUGGGGAAGAAGUGAAGGAAGGAGAAGAAGUUAGGGAAGAAGAAGAAGUUUAG